GUGAAGCCAAUUCCGGCUCGAAUUGUGCGAGCAAUAAUUGAAGCGUUUAGGGAGGGAGAUAAAAACGUGAGGUGGUAUGUGAUGGGAGAUGACGAUACAAUCUUUUUUCUUGAUAAUUUAAUUGGGGUUCUUGCAAAAUACAACCAUUCAAAGUACUACUAUAUUGGGUCGAAUUCUGAGUUUGUUAAGUCCAACAUUGAUUUCUCGUUUGAUAUGGCUUUCGGUGGGGCUGGAUAUGCUCUGAGUUACCCUGUUGUGGAGGCAUUGGCAGCCAAGUUAGACUCUUGUAUUGAGAGAGAUCCGCAGGAGCAUUUCAGUGAUUAUAUUUUGCACUCAUGUUUGGCUGAUUUAGGAGUUCCUUUAACUCUUGAGAAAGGGUUUCACCAGAUCGAUAUGCGCAAUGACACAACAGGUUUUCUAUCAGCUCAGCCCCACACCCCUUUCCUCUCCUUCCACCACAUUGACGCCAUUGACCCAAUCUUCCCUUCCAUGAACCGUUCGGAAGCCAUAAACCACCUCAUGAAGGUGGCGAAAGCCGACCAAUCCCGUCUUCUUCAGCAAACCAUAUGCUACCACAGGCCAACCAACUGGUCUUUCUCUGUUUCUUGGGGCUACUCUGCUUAUAUCUAUGAAAACAUAAUCCCUCGGAGCAUUUUAUGCAGACCCCUUCAGACAUUUACAACAUGGAGGAAAGAGGUAAAGCUACACUUCUACGUGUUCAACACCCGACCGCUCUCCAGCGAUCCCUGUCAAGUUCCCCAUGUGUUUUUCUUUGAUUCUAUAGAGUUUACACAAGGUGAUGAACAAGUUGUUACUACAUAUAUUAGAAAAUCGCCUCGGGGUUUACCAAAUUGUUCAUCCACUGGUAAUCAUUCAGCGGAUGCCAUCACCAAAAUUCAGGUGCUUUCACCAGCAACAACACGCCUGGAGGCCGGAGGAAGAGAUUGCUGUGACAUUGAAUAUGUGGAUAGAACCAGUGUUACACAAGUCAAAUACAGGCCUUGCUUGAAAAAUGAAGUGAUUGCCUAG